ACAAAUAUUUUUACAUGAGCUUCAAAACCCUUGGCUAAAACUACAUAUCCCAGAGUUCCUUGCUGUCCCGAGUUACUUUGCUAGUACUUCCUCCUACCUCGCGCAAGCUCACAUCGUUCUAGAAUGCGGAUUUCGAAGCUAAUAAGAAUAGCUAGCUUGUAAGCUAAAAACAACGUUCUGGUUGUAAGGCUUUAAAUGGAUAAAAUGUCCAAAACACACCCACAACCCCCGUUAUCUUCGGCAGCGACGACAACCGGAGGCACCUCCUCGCCUUCCCCAUCUUCGCCUGCUGGGGGCUCGACAUCACCCGCAACCGUAUUGAACGUGCAGCCAGAGAAACCUCAACAUUACACAUAUCUGAAGGAAUUUAGGACAGAGCAGUGCCCCCUGUUUGUACAGCAUAAAUGUACACAACACAGGCCCUUUUCCUGUUUCCACUGGCACUUCCUGAACCAACGACGCCGCAGACCCAUCCGCAGACGAGACGGGACCUUCAACUACAGCCCAGAUGUUUACUGUACCAAAUAUGAUGAGGGAACAGGCACCUGUCCUGAUGGAGAUGAAUGCCCGUUUCUACAUAGGACAGCAGGUGACACAGAGCGCAGAUACCACCUCCGCUACUAUAAGACGGGCUCAUGUAUCCAUGAAACAGAUGCAAAAGGCCACUGCAGCAAAAACGGCUCCCACUGUGCCUUUGCACACGGGUCACAUGACCUUCGCAGCCCUGUUUAUGAUAUCAGAGAAGUGCAGGUAAUGGAGUCUCAGGGGGGCCCUGGAGCCACAGAAGGAGGAGGGGGAGAUGGACAGUCAGGGCAGGCAGCAAGUACAGCCCUCAUAGAGAAGAUCCUCAGUGAAGAGCCACGCUGGCAAGAAAACAACUAUGUGCUGUCGCACUACAAGACGGAGCUCUGUAAGAAACCACCGCGUCUGUGCCGUCAGGGUUACGCCUGUCCUUACUACCAUAACAGCAAAGACCGGAGGCGAAGCCCGCACAAACACAAAUACAGAGCGUUGCCAUGUCCGGCUGUGAAACAGAGUGAAGAAUGGGGGGAUCCCAGUAAAUGUGAGGGAGCGGAGGGAUGCCAGUACUGCCACACAAGAACAGAACAACAGUUCCAUCCAGAGAUCUACAAAUCCACUAAGUGUAACGACAUGCAGCAGUGUGGCAGCUGCCCCAGAGGGCCCUUCUGUGCCUUUGCUCAUGUUGAAAAGCCCUUUGUUCCAGACGAACCAUCAUUCCCCACACCAGGCUCUCCUCCACCCCCCAGACCUCCAGACCCUCUUCCUGCCCAGGAAGCUUCGUCAAGCCCCAGCAGACACAGCAUGGGGCCUGGGCCCGGUUUGGGUGCACUUUCAGACCCCUUUUCCCUGUCUGCAGGGUCCUGUGUUCAGGAGCAGGGACUUCUUGGUAGCGUUUUAUCUCUGUGUGAAGACGUGAGCGGAGGAGCGGAGCCUCUGUCUCCGUGGGCAGUAGAGGGAGGGUACUGCAGAGCGCCUGGCUUUGAGAGGGAGGAUCAGGCAAAGCAAAGGAGUUUUGCUCUUGAGCAACGAAACAGAGAAUUGUCAUCAACACAAAGCAAACAGGACCUGUUAGUGUUUCUUCCUGUGGGCAGCCCAUUGAGUCUGUCCUCCAGUAUACCCUCCAGUCUGGCUGCCACGCCGCCCAGUCCCGCCCCUCUUGGACUCCAUGGAUCCAGCAUCUCGUCAGGCAUGAAUGCUAACGCCCUGCCCUUCUACCCCACCAGUGAGACGGUAGAGUCAGUUGUUGAGUCGGCGUUGGACGAUCUCGACCUGAAUGAUUUUGGUGUGUCAGCGUUGGAGAAGAGCUUGGAGAGCAGCUCGACGCUCCCCGGUGUGGGAGUAGUUCUUGGAGGUAGCCAGUUUCAGAGUUCAGCCCCUGUCAACAUCCCAGGAUCCUUUAGCAGCUCUGCUCCUUUUAGCUCUCCUUCACCGUCUCCGCCUAUCAGGCCACAGGUUUCACCAUUCUUUUCUACUCACCUGCCUCAACCUGGUCAAUCAGAAAGCACCUUUUUGGGACCAUCUCAUAGCUCUUUAGGUCUGAAUGGUAUGAGCACCAAUAUCUGGGAACAUUUUCCAUCGGGCCAAGGUUCCCCUGGUACACCCCCUACCCUGCUGCCCUCUGGUUCCUGUGCAGAGUCUUCCAGGCUCAAACAGGAGCUGGAGGAAGCCCACAGGGCACUGAAGCAGUGGGGUCACAGCUGGAGACACACAGCUCAGUCGUGGGCUGCGCUGAAAGCAGACGCAGAGGAGUCCCGUGCCCAUGCAGCACGGUUAGCCAUGGAAGCAGAGCGAGCGCGACAGGCCGAGGAGGAGGCACAGAGACAGGCUUCUCUGCUGCAGGAGGCGCUGGAGAGCUUAAGGAGUGGAGACAAUCCCCAUCUAGCACUGCACCAACUGCAGCUACUACACAGACUACCGUUGGAGUCGGUCCUCAGUUUGCAGGCCCAGCUGUGUAGCUGUUUACAUGCUGUGGAGCAGGUGGUUUACAGGAAACAGAGACAGUGCUGCGUGACGUGUGGAGAGCCCGGCUCGGUGUCCCUGUCCUGUGGUCACGGUCUACAGUGUGAGACCUGCUCCACGUCUACAGAGUGCCCACUCUGCCCCGAACAGACCCUGGAGCAGCCACUCUCUUGACCUCACAACACCAGUAGGACCACCACAGAUUCCAGACCAGUCCCCUCCCCCUCUGAUUCAAUAAAUACCAGCCUUGGAUCUCAACCGCCGCUCAGAGUUGUGGCGAGGUCAUUUUAUAACGCGGUAACAACACUAGCACUGAUCUGGUUUUUUGUAUUUUUAAGAUGAUGUUUACUGAUGAGUGAGCGGUUUAAUGAGAGACGAAGUGAAAGCUCUUAACGUGGAGUUUAGGAUCAAUAAUUUUUUCCAGCGUACGAAUGACAUUUUACAAGAUCUUGCUCUUGACCAGCAACACUGUUCUUUACCCCGUAUUCUCUAUCGAUGAAAAUCUAUCUAACUAUGAAACAUCUAUAUCCACAGUUCUUAAUAAUGUUUCCAUGUUUCAAUUAGAGGUUUGAUGGUAAGACCACGAGUUCCUGAAGUGUCAUUUAUCCAUCUGGAAAGUUUCAGGUCAGGCAGGUGACAUUCACUGUUUGCACUUCUACCUGAAAAGUAUUGCACUAUUAUUCACUUAUCACCCACAUAAUCGUGACACAACAUGGAGAUCUUUUGGAGUUCUUUAGCGACCUCAUGGCUUUGAUCUAAGUCCAACGUUAACCCACAUGGCAGCAGUAUUAGACACAUGGGGAUUCAGGUGAAGUAUAGAGAAAGUCAGCUUGGAGGAGAUACAUGUUGGAAAGGAAAACACGUAUCAGAGGGUAGCUUAAAAGAAGCAAAACAACAUUUUUAGAAACAGAGUUUUAAGCAGGCACUUACGGAUAUGUUGAAACAGAGGCAGUGAAAAUUUGUAUCUGACGGCCGAGGAUGAGAGCAGGUUGGAAAUGUGUAGGAUUAAGAACAAAACAAAUUUGACUUCUUCUAAGCUACAGUACAAACAGGUGGAUGAGGAGAAGUCGCUCAGUGUGAUUUGUCUGAGGUCUGAAGAUGUCUGCGGUCUCCCUCCAACAACAGAGUUUUGGAACGCCAAGCUCUAAAUAGUUUCAUAUAAAUGUCAGAUCUCUUCUCAGAAAUCAAGACAAUGACUCAUGAUAAACCAUAGUCUUCUUAUUCCACAGUUUAGAAAAGUUCUUAAAACAAUCAGUUAAACUUAAAUUCUAAGUCAUUAAACUCACUGUACCAUAGAGUAUAAACUAUAUGAACACUCAAGAAUAAUGCAGUAAUAUUAUACAGAGCUGAACGUGACACAACAAUAUUCUCAGUAACUGAGGUAUUACUAUGUGAUGCUUGAACUGUUUCCCACUCUGAUACGAUACCAGAAAAAAUCAAAUGUUGAGGACGCCGGGUUUUCACCACGGCAGCACAAAAUGAAGUCCUGGGCGCCUAAAGUUUGGGAAUAUCUUCGAUCCAAAAUGACAUUCAAACUCAGUGUCUUCAGUUGUCCCUGAAUAACGGGUAGAAGUCAAGGUUGGAAAUGAACAUUUGCGCCUCCCAGUCACUCAUUAUUUUACCUGCCACUUCAUUUGAACCAUCAGCAUUAUGUAAUGAUGUUUAAUAUCAAACCAAGGCUUACAGUAUUUAAUUUACAGGCUGUUUUAUGAAGGGAGAUGUUUCAGCUAAUACUGACAUGCUCUUUGUCUCGCUCACAAAAACAAACAAAAGUUUAAUUUAGUGAUUUUUGUUUAUUAUUUCUGAGGCUGGCAAGAGUUUCUGUUGCAGCCAUGUUCUUGAAGGCUAACUCAUUUAGCGGAUUGAGCUGCAAAGGAACCUCGACUGACAGAAAAGAUAAUACAUUCGUUCUUUUAAAAGCAUGUGUUCAAUCACUUUGUUUCAUUUACCCGCCACCCUGACUGACGAGUUGUGCAAAUUCACCCGUCACUGCCAAAAAACCCGUAUUUGGCGGCUGAAAGGUGCUAAUUUCCAACCCUGGGAUAAACUCCCCUAGUAUUACUUCUCAGAUAUCACUCAUAAUCUUUUUCAAUCGUCGUGUGACUUUGAAUGCACCACGCUGCUCUUUGUUCACGACCACUUAAACAUUACAAAUAUGACUGAAGAGCUGAAUUUUCUUUUAUAGCUUUGGUACUUUUUGAUACUAUCGAUCGUGUGAUAAUGCCGAUUGAAUCGUUUUAAAACUUGUGGUAUUGAAAAAUAUCGCCAAAAAGAAAAUCUUAGUACCAUGAGUUAUUGCUGUCUGAUUUCUGGAAGAGGCGAGGAUCUUCAAACUUUCCAGAUGGAUAGAUGACACAGCAGCUUUUUUUUCAUCUUUAACUUUCUUAAGGGUUAAUGAGCCGAUCGUAUUCAACGGGUCUUACUGAAAACAAUUAGUUUCAUCAAAACAAUAAACCUGUGUUGCUUCUACAGCUCCGAACGGGGCCAUCAUACCAGCCUGCUGGUAGCGCUCGUCUAGAUUAUAUAUCACUUUUUUUUAUAUAGCAAGAGGAAUUAAAAAAAAUCAUUUACUGUUGAAUAAUAACAGAAAAGUAUUUAAAAUGAAGUAAUUUUGAUAAAAAGUUACAACAGAUGGUGUCUGUUAAAGCUCUCAGGUGUUCUCGAAUAUUCUUCCACAUAAACUGGAAGAGGAAAAAGCAUGUUAACACAAUCAAAGAUAAUGUACUCAGUUCAACUUGUGUAGUCUUUCAAAUGACUUUUCUUUUCUUUCUUUAUUUUCUGAAACACUUUUUCAUGUUAACUCAAACACACAGCCCAUUUACUUUAUUUGAAAUCAAUGUGUGAAAGGUUUCUCUGCCAUCAUUUCUUUUUAUUUUUUUUGACAGUUGUAGUAGACUUUAACAUUUCAGCGUGUCAGGACAAGGAUUCGGAAGCAGACAAAUGAUGUGAAGGUGUACGAGGUUUAAACGUGAGAUGUGAAAGGGUUCAUGAUCACUGUGAUGGUCUUUGAUAAACCCAUGCUUCUGUACACACAACUCAUCCGACAACAGUGUUUCUCUCUGAGUGGACUUCUUUUCUUUUGUUUUUUUGGUACCGAUCAUUAAAACAAAUUGUAUAUUUUUGGAGGAA